UCGCGUCCAGCGUGAUCUUGUUCCAUUCGGGAGCCAUCGAUUUGGUAGAGUCAAGGCAAAAGGCCCCAUUAGCCAUGCAAGCUCCUCAUCCCUCCGAACGCCCCCCCAACGUGCAUUGGCUGAUAUCGCCCAAAAGCAGGUUGACAUUGGUACGGCGGGAAAGGGUAGAUCGGACGUUGGGAUAAAAACGAAAGCGAUCGCCCACCGACCGGCGAUCUCUCAGUUGCAGUCGAGUAGAGCGAUGGGACAGCGACAGCGUGUUGUGGUGCAGUUGGCACUGUGUUUCCUCACUUGCGGGGCCCUGCUUCAGGCCGGGGUGCUGGCGGGCGAUAAUCCGUGUGCUGCCGGUCCACCUGUCGAUACGAACCCGGCCGAAUGUUGCCCCACGCCCAUGCUGGUGGACGGUACGAUCAUGAUGGACUGCUACAAGAAGUACGGCGAGCAGACGAAGAAACAGCUCCAGAUGGAUGGCAUUCCUAGGGGUUGUUGCAUUGCUGAGUGUGCGAUGAAUGCGACCAACAUGUACGCGGAGGGUAUGCUGAAGCGGGACGAUCUGUCGAAGAUGUUCAUGGACGCGGUCAAGGGCAAGCCGGAGUGGAUGUCGCUGGUGCGCGAUGCCACCAACGCGUGCUUCGAGCUGGCGGAAAAGAAGAUGGACGAGAUCGAGGCGGGCGCCAAGCUGGAACCGAGCUUCGAGGGCGAGAAGAUCUGCCAUCCCAUCUCUGGCACGAUUCUGCGCUGCAUGGGCAUGAUGAUGUUCGCCCAGUGUCCGGCGUCCGUUUUUAACGUGAACGAGAACUGCAACAAGCUGCGGGAGUAUGGCAGCAUCUGUCCAAUGAUUUAGAGCAGUACAUGUUUGCGUGUGUGUGUGUGUUUGGGGAGGGGUCUUGGUUGUGAAAAACGGCAAACGUUGCCUAGCUGGUGUAGCGAUUGGGGAAAAUGAAUCAUAAAUUAUGUGCAAACAACGGAACUAACGCGGAUUUUAAUGCUUAACAGCGUAAGUUACACCGAAAAUCGGGUUUUUUGAACAGUAUAACACUUGUUAGCCUGAAAGUAUGCAACACGCACAACACAUUACCCUCAACGGCUAUGCAAUGCGCAUAGCAAUGAUCCUAGUGGGUAUGCAAUCUGUACUACACUACGAUACAUGGAUUUAAACGGUUCGUUUUUUGUACUGCACAAAAAAUGGAUAAUGUUUUGAUAAAUUGCACUUUUUAAUGGACUUGUUGA